AGUUAAUCUAUAGUUAAGGUGGUAUUUAAGUUUAAGGAGAGAAGAUUAAAACAAAAUUCUCAAAAAAAUAAAUAAAAAAUCAACGGUCAAUAUAUGAAAAUGCCACUAAUCAGUAAUGACUAAACUUCUGCUAGAAAAAGACAGAAAAGAGAGAAACGCUUGCAAAAAGCGCAAAAAUAAAACUCAGUUUGUCAAUUCUCUAUUUCAGUUUCUUGAUCCAGAUAAAGCUUAUACUCCCCCACUCUCUCUCCACUUACGCCGAGAAUCUAAUCAAUUUUGAUCUGCCGUAUUGAAACUUGAGAAGCUUGAAUUUGGUUAUUUGCUCAAGGCUGGAGCUUUCAUUUGUCUGGAUCUAAAUUAAAUCUGAGUUUUGUAUCAGAUAAAUACAGUGUCUGAAACUUCUACCAUGUUGUGGUUUGGGCUGGUCAAUUUGAAAAGAUCUAUUGGUGCUUGUUAGUAAGGUGGUUGGACUUUGAUUCCUGAUUUGUUAUUAGUUUGGAGAAUAUUGGAUCUUGAGUUGAUCAUCAUCAAUGAUUGAGAGAAAGUUAAUGGGGCGGGCUUCACCAUUGCUUUUGAUUCUAUUGGUUCUUGGCUUUUUCUUCGCCACGUACAAUUUGGUUACUAUGAUAAUGCACAAUAGAUCUGUUGGAAAACGGAUACAUGAUGAUUCAGAUGGUGGGAUAUUUUUUGAUCCUGUCAUUGAAAUGCCUGAAGAUGCUAAAAAGUCAAAGAAUGCCAGAAUGCCCUUCCAUGUUGCCUUAACAGCAACUGAUGCUCCUUACAGCAAAUGGCAAUGUCGCAUUAUGUACUACUGGUAUAAGCAGAAGAAGGAUCUUCCUGGGUCAGACCUGGGUGGAUUCACACGAAUUUUGCACUCAGGAAAUCCUGACAACUUGAUGGAUGAGAUCCCUACAUUUGUGGUUGAUCCACUUCCAGCUGGUCUUGAUCGGGGAUACAUUGUCCUAAAUAGACCUUGGGCUUUCGUACAAUGGCUGAAAAAGGCUACAAUUGAAGAAGAAUACAUACUGAUGGCAGAACCUGAUCACAUAUUUAUAAAUCCUCUUCCAAAUUUAGCACAUGGAGGGUAUCCAGCUGCUUUUCCAUUUUUUUACAUUAAACCUGCUGAGAAUGAAAACAUCGUGAGGAAGUUCUACCCAGCGGAGAAAGGCCCUGUGACAAAUGUUGAUCCGAUUGGAAAUUCUCCUGUCAUCAUUAAGAAGGAAUUGCUGGAGAAAAUCGCUCCUACGUGGAUGAAUGUCUCUUUGAAAAUGAAAAAUGACCAGGAGACUGAUAAGACUUUUGGUUGGGUGCUAGAAAUGUAUGCAUAUGCUGUAGCCUCAGCUUUGCAUGGUGUGCAGCACAUUCUUCGGAAAGACUUCAUGUUACAGCCCCCUUGGGAUCUGGAAAUCGGAAAAAAGUUUAUCAUUCAUUACACUUAUGGAUGUGACUACAACUUAAAGGGAGAGCUAACAUAUGGUAAAAUUGGAGAAUGGCGGUUUGACAAGAGAUCAUAUUUACGUGGACCUCCUCCAAAAAAUCUUCCCUUGCCACCUCCAGGGGUUCCUGAAAGUGUGGUCACCCUUGUAAAGAUGGUUAAUGAAGCUACUGCCAACCUUCCCAACUGGGAGACAUAGUAGAUGUCUCCGUGGUCCAGGUGAAUCAGCCCCAAAUAACUUUAUCUUUGAGAUGGGAAAAUUUUGAUCUCUAGCCAUCAAGCGAUAUCACUGUUCAGAAACCUCAGGAUAAUCAUUUCUUAAAUCAAGAAAUAUAGUUGUAAAUUAAGUUGUUUUGUUUCUCAGUUUAGGACUAGUUAUCAGCUCUUAGGCUAACACAGUAGGAAUUCUAUAUUUUUUUCCCUUAUUUUUGGCAGACAUACAAUAUUCAGAAAUUGAGAGAGAAAUGAAUUUACAUAGAGUUGUAUGAUUGAUUCAUUGUAGUUGCUAGUUUUGAUCAAAUAGAGCUAUUGCUGUUCUGUGCUA